AUGGCGGCGACCUCCACUGUGGCUGUGACCUCCACUGUGGCUGUGACCUCCACCGUGUAUGUGACCUCCACUAUGGUUGUGACCUCCAACGUGGCUGUGACUUCCAUCGUGUCUGUGACCUCCGUGGUUGUGACCUCCACCGAGGCUCUGACCUCCUCCGUGGUUGUGACCUCCACUGUGGCUGUGACCUCCACUGUGGUUGUGACCUCCACUAUGGCUGUAACCUCAACUGUGGCUGUGACCUCCAGCCUGUUAGCCGUUUGGGGGAUCGGUCACGUCUCUGUUACGCUUGCACUGCUCCAUAAUGUAUCUGUACCUGCGCCAGUCGACCCGCCCACUAUCCAGGCAUCACUCCCGCCCAUUAUCCAGGCAUCACAUCCGCCCAAUAUCACAGCAUCACAUCCGCCCACUAUCCAGACAUCACACCCGCCCACUAUCCAGGCAUCACAUCCGCCCACUAUCCAGACAUCACAUCCGCCCACUAUCAAGGCAUCACAUCCGCCCACUAUCCAGGAAUCACACCCGCCCACUAUCCAGGCAUCACACCGCGCAUCCACCCGCCCACCAUCCAGCAUAACACCAGCCCACUAUCCAGGCAUCACACCCGCCCACUAUCCAGGUAUUCACACCUGCCCACUAUCCAGGCAUCACAUCCGCCCACUCAGCCAGACAUCACAUCCGCCCACUAUCAAGGCAUCACAUCCGCCCACUAUCCAGGGGAUCACACCCGCCCACUAUACAGGCAUCACACCACUAUCCAGGAUCACAACGCCCACUAUCCAGGCAUCACAUCCGCCCACUAUCAAGGCAUCACAUCCGCCCACUAUCCAGGUAUCACACCCGCCCACUAUGCAGGCAUCACACCCGCCCACUAUACAGGCAUCACACCCGCCCACUAUACACGCCCAGGACGACCAAAGUUUGGCCUCACUGAACCUCAGAGCAGAUUUGCAGAGAAGUGAUCGUCUUUCCUACGUCUCAGUGACUAGACGAGCCAGGUCACCGAUGCACGAGGAUGAUCUUAAAGCCAACUGUCGACGUAUACCUCCGAGGGUUAAAAUGAGCAACGAAGGAGAAAAUCAGUAG